AUGUUCGUGCACCGGACACGCUCUGCACCGAUCACAGGGGCUGUCAUGGACGCUCCUACUAAGGGUGACGAGCAAACUACCCAUAUAGGAAUCAGUAGAAGAGCUGUGGACGAAUACGGAGAAAUCUGCUUCGAAACCGGUUUUUGUUAUCAUAACCAAAAGGCCCUGUAUGACCGACAACACAAAAAGAAAAUAGACCACCGGUGUCUGUUCAAUACUGAGUUCGUUCUAGUCAGUACAGGGUCGGACGAAGAGCGAUGUCCGGGAAUGGGAAAUCCGCAGCCUAUGAGCGAGCAUAACUCGUCCAUUGACGAGGAGCUGUUCUAUCUGGCGUACGUUUGCAUCGCUAGUACGUUAUUCCACUGA